GGGGGGUUUAGAAUACAGCCACGGUAUCCCCUGCCUGUCGUAGGAGGCGACUAAAAGGGGGCGCAAGCGAAAGGAGUGAAUGCUAAAAGUAUGGCAAAAUGCGAAACGAAAUGUGAAAAGGACCGCUUGUCCCUAGAAUACGCCACCCCUAUGGAAAGGGGGAAACUGUAAAGUAAAUAGGAAAUAAAAAUCUAAUUUCAAUAGCAACAGAACGGUAAUGGAAGCAGAACGUUGGUGUCUUCAGCAAUGCACAGGUUUCUGUCCUCGAUGCUUUACGAGACUGCAAUCCUCGCGAUGCCACGUUUGCAUUACGUGAUUUCUAAUGUCACGCGACUGCAUUUACAUUACGCUACACGUCUGCUAAUGGCACGUGGCUGUGUUUACAAUGCACCACGUGGAACCUCGUGUCAGCGAGCCUUAUUUACCCAGCACCACGUGACCGUUGGUUUGCGAUGCACUUGUAACUACGAUUUACAGUCACGUUUACCUAGCACACUAAAUUAUGGAUCCCGUGUAAACUCCAGUGAUACCCAGGAUUGAAUAGUUGAGGUUGAUUUUCGGAUUAACAUUGGAACUAGAUAACAGGAUAAUAAAUGCAGGUAUUGGGUUUCGCGUCGUGGCUUUGAAGAAAAACUAGUUGAAAAUGAAGAAAAUGUAUCCCUGUCGAUUUCCUGGAAACAGCUAUCUUGAUCUUAAACAGAGGCCAAUUUCGACCCAGCAUUUCCUCGCUGUACCAAGUGUUCUUUGGAAUUGUAAAACGACGAAUGGCGCAGGUCUUCCAGGCGAAUCCUUUAAACCGUAUCACAGUGCUAGAGUUCUGAUUCUCUCAUCACCAUGGCGCUGGCCGUACGAACGGAGAAACGAUCGACGAGACCAUUUCUGGGUGGUUGGAGAAGCAAAGUUACCGGGAUUAUUUAUUACAAUGCCUGCACGCAAACCGGGAGGCACGACCGGGAUACCAAGGAGGAAAGAGUGCAAACGGAGUUUCAGGUCGACAAAUUUACAGACAUGCAACGCGAUGUGGGGCUACAGGUGAAUUUUUAUCCCGAUGUUCGAGACAGGCUCUUAGAAGCUAGAGGUCAUUCACAGAGAUCCAAGGAAUCCUACCAGGAUCCCGGCGACGAGAGGAUCCUGAAGAGCGUCGUAAAGAUACAGAGGUUUUACAGAGAUCACCGCGGCGGGCAAACCGCGUUACUUCCGGUACGCACCAAGAACACGGACGAGGAUCGAGUACAUACGAAACCGAGUUUCUAUCGCAGCCAGGAUUUCGUGAUACUAAACCGCACGUGGCCGAGAACGAGGACGGACUUUGAGUUGCUGUACAAUCUGCUUGACCGCUGGCGAAUCCAGGAAACGAAGAGGGUAAGCGAACAGCUGUUCGAACCUUCCAGGAUCGCCGUGUCCGGACUAAUCCUGUCGAAGGAGGUGGAACUGUUGCGAGCGAUAGACGCGAUGAAAACGACGGUUAAACAGAACAGGAAGAGGAGAUCGUGCAGGAAGUUCCUGGACGAGUUGUCGAAGCCUGUCCUCUGGAAGAACAACCGCGGCCAAACGAUCCUGGUGGACACUCCUGCAGUGCAACGUGCUCGUUAUUUCAGGAACACCUUCGACGAGUUGUCCAAGGAAUACGUUUCGAUCGAAGAACGUAUAAAGACGUUGUUUCGGCUCAGAAACGAUAUCGAGCCUCAUACUUGUAGAACUUCUGAUGAAUUGCUACGUUUGAUAGAUCAGGAAAUUACUCUUCUGACCCUUAAGGUUGAUCCGAGUAAAUUGAAUUGGUUGAGAGGUCGUUUGAGACUUGCUUUCUUCGAAUUAGCUAGAAACUCAUUAAUUAAUGAGUUUAGGAAUAGAAGUAUCAGGGGUGGUUCGUUGGGUCGUCAAAUAAUUUGUAAAAGUUGCAAUAGAUUAUUGCCAAUGGACAAAUUUCCAAGGGAAAAACGGCAUUAUUCUUCAUGCUGCAAUUAUUGUUUGUAUCUGAGGAUUCAAAAGGGUCCUCGAAUUAUUUAUGGUCAAUAUGAAAUGUUGCUUCGUGAUUUAAGACGUAGGGAGGGUAAAAUGAAGUGUUACACUAGUCUGGCGUUCGUAGUUGACGAGAAACUGAUUUAUCGUUUAGUGAACGAUAUAUGGCAGGGGAAAUCGGCGAUUUCGGGGGAUGAUCGUUUGGAUCAGUUGAGAUUGGUGAGAUUUCGUAAGGGUGAGGUAUGGUCACCGUGGAAUUGUCUACCGUUGACCGUAAAAGAAGCCUCGUUGCAUUUGAAGGUAGACGAUUUACAGAAGUUUUACGGCCCGACGGUGCUGCAGAAGUUUUACACGAAGAAUCUGCAGGCGAAAGUUCAGUUCCAGUCUAUGUUCGAAUUCAGAAAUAGAUAGAAAAAAAUACUGGCGUUUGUUUUCGUCUCAAGUAUGAUCGAGGAAAGAGCUGAUCUUUCAAAGCUCUUCUAUUAACCCGUCAACAGUGUAAUUAUUUAAAUUGUAAUUGCGAAAAUUACAGUUGAAAAUUCCAAGUAUUUCGAAGUUAUCAGAAUUGAUAACGAAACUCGUGAGUUUCUCCGUCGGUCGUGAAAACAGUUGAAGGGGAUUAAAACCCCAAGAAGUUACCAGUGUUUCUCGUUUUCCAUCCGCAACUUUCCGUAGCCAACUUUGGCCUCGUUGAUUGAGUUAAUCACGUCGCAGUUUAUAAACUAAGUUCCCAUCGGAUCAGAAAAGAGCCGCCUGAUCUUGCUAACGUUUAAAACCCCUCAUAAUCCUCCGACGUCUCUGAACGUAUAUUACAUCCCUCGCGCAACAAUCACCUAGGAAGCUUUUAAUUUCCUUCGGAAAACGUAGACGAUGAAUCACGGUGUAACCGGAUCGAGAAGUUUAAUCGAAAAGGCAAAGUAAAUGGAAACGGCGAAAUGAUUUCUCCUUUUCGAGAGGAUCAAUCGUAUACAUAAGAACGUUGAUCUGAUUGUUUCUCAAGUUUUCAUCAAUGUUUGCAUGUGAGAUUGUCAAAGGAAUAAUUGAUGGAGUACGAUCCUCUCAAAAGAGAGUACCGGAAACGGUUUCCAAUUAAUGGAAAAAGCGGUACGCUUUGAAGGGUCGAAUCUGUUCGUAGUUUCAAAAGGAACAACGAGAUUAGUACUCUAUACCGUGGACACUACGAAUAGCAAAAAGAACAUAGUUUAAUUAUUUACAUUUAAUUUUUCGAUAAAUUUCUGUCAAUCAAAAUACCACCUUUUCGUUGCUUAAAACGAACCUCUCAACCCUAAACCCUUCCAGUAUUGUUAAAUAAAGUAUUAUCCCUGUGUAGAGGUAACAUAAAACAAGAUACGAUCGCCGCGAAAUGAAAAAGUAUUAAUAAAACGUAACGAAACGCUUGGUUUAUGGCUCGUCACAGGGUUCAUUACUUGCAUGCCAACAUAAAAAUGGUAACUUUUAUUUUGUGGCAGGCGGUGUCGUAACUACGAAUGUUAUCGUUGUUUACAGUAAAAAAUUUCAUCCCUGCUACAUGAAUUUGAAGGGUUUUAACGAACGUUUGACGUUAGGAAUGAAAAUUGCACUGCAAUAUUUGUAGUUGUAGUGCAGUGCCACUUGUCUGACCACGCGUUUACUUAUACUACUUGCGCGCGGCUGAUCUCGAUCUUAUGCUACUUUGGCCAUCUUAGCGUCAUUAAUCACGAAUUAAUAAUUAGAUAACAUUUAAGAUGCAUCAUUAGCAAGGAAAUUGCUGGUAUUAAUAGGAAACGACUGCUCACGCGCAAUUUACUCGAUAAAUAUAUUCAUUGAGGACGCUUUGAGGCGUGGUUCGACCGCCUGAUCAAAUCACUCGGUGCUUAUUAUUGGUCAAACGAUCCCUGGAGCUAACAUCAUAAAUUUCAAAUACUCCGUCGGGUCGUUGCACAUCAAAGUGAUCGAAUCACCCUGGGGAACGUCUUUGAUACAGCAAACGCGUAAAAUAUUUUUCUUGAAAGUUUCAUGAAAUUAAUCAGUUAAUUAAAUCAUCCCCAACCGAGUUCUACCAUUACCAUUUUUGAAAUAAGACAAAUCGAGGAGGGUUGUAAGUUUCUUUCUUGCUCGCUUUUACCCACGUAACGAUCGCGAUUUUAAAAGCCGGAAUUAUAUUAUCGAUACUUCGACAAACUAAUUACGACAUGGGGGGUGGAAGAGCCGUCUUUGCAAUUACUGGAUGUACACUUCGCUCUGCUCGCGAUUUAAUCAACUAGCCUGGUGCAGUUUUAAUCGUUACAUCGGAUUUAAUCGAAUUAUUAACUUCUGUCGUUACUUUGAUUACUUUUCUUUGCAACGCUGAUCGAAUUAUUCAUCCACCCACAAGAUAAUUCACGAUUUCUAUGCGAUGACAGGGAACAUGAAUGAAAUUUAAAAAAGCCAAGAAAAAUGAGAAGGAUACGGUUGGUAAUGACAAGUCGAUGACAUGAAGCUUAAUGAUAUCACGUGUAACUAUGAGGUACAUCGAUAGAUUGAAACUUCCGAUUAAUUAGCUAUCGAAGCUCUGCAACAAUUAAUCAUUUUUCCCUAGUACGGCUAACGAAAGGAAACUAAUAAACCGAAAGCGGAAUUGCGGUGAUGAUUAAUUUUCAGUUUUUUCCCCCCUUGCCGGUCGAACGAGUCCUCGGUAAACGAUGACCAAUAACGCGACAAAUCGAUACGUUCCAACACAGAUUCGAUUAUACACGAUAACAGGUGAAAUUUCAACUUUUCACGGGUUAUACGUCGAAUACUCCCGAUCGAUUAAUCAUUUUCCUUAAUUAAACGAACAGCGAUAGUUAAUAAAGCGAAAAAUAGAGCUACUAUGAUGGUCGAUUUAAAUUUGUCACGAGUUAGCUGAUUCUGUUGUCGAUGAUCAUAAAAGUCAAUCAGUUAAUUGAGAUAAUAACAGAUUAACAGAGAGUUGUUUUUUAAUUUUCACUUUUUCAUUGACUUUUUCUCUUCUAUUUUCUGUUGGUACAAUUUACAAAUAAAUGCAAAGCGAUCGAAGUCCAAAUUUUUCCGAUCAAACAGCGUAUCGAGGGUAAAAUAACGAGACAAACGAACAGACCACAUUAUCGGCCACAAAUUCGAGCGGGUAAUGUCGUUUCCGAUAUGUCGUUAAUGAGUUUUAUAACCACGAACAAAACGGUUGGAAAAUCAGCGUUCCAUCGAUUUCGUAGAGUUCAUAGACUGACACUACGACAGAUCAUCGAUAGAUUGAUCUCCAUUCGAUUUUAUCCACUAAUUUACCCGUCACGCGGACGUGCAGAGAUAAUACUACUGAAAUUUACAGAGAAUAGUGUCCGAUCACGCUAUCAUAUUAACUGCUUCCCCUUCGAACUAGGUAAAAGUAGAGCGAUAUUCGUUCUAAAGCCAACCUCGAUCGGAAGUGGUAAAAAAAAAAUUUUUUUCGGCCAUUCGUUGAAAUUUUCACCCACUAAACACAAUGGCGCAAAAAUUUUUUCGAUAAUUCUUACCAUUUGGCCUGUAUAAAAGUGACAGAAAGUCUAAGUCUAAAUUAUUUAGUCCCCUUUUCAAGAUUUUCUAAAGUUGCUAAAAACCAUCUUACCCAAAGUUUCACCAAAUCCAGAGAUAGAAUUCGACGUUAUUAAUCAUUCCACAGGGUUUGGAUGAGCGUUGCAUCUUCACGGCCAUGAUCGCGUGAUAAGUAUGGAAAUUGAUAGGAAAUCGGCGCGAAAGAGGGUGAACGGUUUGAAAAAGGGGUGUCGCAGAACGAGACAGGAGAAACUGCUAGGAAAACACAAUACUCAUAGAGUGAUUCAUAACACGGCCGUCGCAUAAAUUGCGGGUGAUAUGUUGGCGCGCAAUUAGGGUUUGCUAAAUCGGCAUUACUAAUUAGAUUUGGCGUACCGAGCUUGGCUGGCCGACCUGGCCGCCUCCUCGUCGUGCGUAUAAUUGAUUCGAGUUUCAAACUAAUCUAUACUCACCAGGUCGACUCGAUGGUGAUCGAUAAUAAUCGUUCAUGACCUGGUGCGGGCCGCGCGAUCCACCUAAGACCCUCGUCCCAAAGUUCUUUCGCACCUCGUCGAAAUCAUCAUAAUGAUAAAUUAACAUUUUCACCUGAGAGUGUUUCAGAAAUCUCGGGAGAAGUUUAAGCAGAAUUUGCUCUCGCGACGAAGGGGCGGUAAAUAUUUGAUGGUGCUCGAUUACCGUGUAUCGUUACGCAGCGAUACCAUCGAUUAAUUUCCCAGUUAACCGAGACGAUAAUUAGAGUGCCAGAGGAAACGGACGUUCCAGCACUCGUGGGACCGUGCGGCUCCGUCACUUUGUCAAAUCUGUGGCUGAGGAGCCACCCUCGGUUUAAAUUGCACCCUCCGUUUCAGACCUCGUACGAGGAGGGUGGAGGCUCUUGAUACACCGCUUAACGUUCUUUCCCGUUCUCGACAUUUUUCACCGAGCGAAACCUUUCAUACAAGAGCACGUUGCUGCUGUAUCAAAGUAUUAAAUCGAUGCUCGUGGAAGUUCUAUGUUGGUUAAAGGGUAACGAAAGAAAGGGGUAGUCGCCCACGAUGAAGUCGACGCGUUAUUUACAAUCGUUCUGGACGAUAAACAAUUGAUGUAAACAAUUUCUUUUUCGUGGAACAUUGACGGAUUACUUUAAUCUUUG